AUGGUCCAAAUUCUUCGGGACACCUCCUACUUCUCUACUACCGAUGAGACACUGCUCAUUAUCGGUGUGCAUUCCGCUUUAGCUUUGCUUCUUCCUCAACCGACUAGUGGGUAUAUUCCUAAUGUUCCGCCUCGAAUUGGGUCCGAGUGCUACCGCCACUCCUCCUACCGGAACGGCUCGACCCCCAUGAUUUUGCCGAUGGCUAAUUCACUUAACCCUAUGUGUUUGGAGGUCACUCGCUACUUCGGGGAAUGUGUGACGGAUGGAGUCCAAGUCGAAGCUCGGACUUGGCGGCCCUUUCAAGCUCGAACUUGGACGAAUACUUCGCUUAGACUCAAUAAAAUUGAUAAGCUUAAUCUAGGCAGAGCUACUCCUGUGGUUCUAGACCUAGAAAUGACGGCUCGGAAAAGGAAAGGAAAGGUCGUUGAAGCUCGGUCAAACUAG